AUGUUAUAUACCAUACAAUCAUCACAUGCAUGGCUUUAUCCGAGUAAAUGGCAUGGGAAGCGGGAGAUGGAAUUGAACCCCACCUUGCUGAAGGGUAUCAUCAGUAACAAUUUGCUUACAAUGGAGAUUACAGCCACUCAGAUCCUUUGCUUCCUCACUCUGCGCCAAAUAACAGCCUUCGAGAGCAUACCGUUCUGUCGUUUUCGUCUGCAGGAAGAUAAUGCAACAAGAAAGUCUGAGACGAUAAUAUGGCCUGGACAUAUGCUGCAGAGAAACCCGUCCAUGAUUGACGAGUAUCUUGGCGAAAAAUAUGAAUGCGCUUUUGAAAGCUUUUGCCCGGAUCCUUGUUGUCAUGGAGUUCAUUCGUCGUCGGAAAUCUUUUCUUCAAGAAAAUGCGCCCUCAAUAAGUGUGUACGUAGAGAUCGAUGUAGUGUUGAGCCAGAAUUUAACGAUGAUUUUAUGGCAAUAAGAAGGAAUCGUUGGAAUAUCACAUGUCCAUGUGGGCGUGGACUG